AUGGUGGACCUGGACAGCGAGGUGCCCCCGCUCCCCCCGCGGUACCGGUUUCGGGACUUGCUGCUGGGCGACCAGGGCUGGCAGAGCGACGACAGGGUGCAAGUUGAAUUCUAUAUGAAUGAAAAUACAUUUAAAGAGAGACUAAAGCUCUUCUUCAUCAAAAACCAAAGAUCAAGUCUGAGAAUACGAUUAUUCAAUUUUUCUCUCAAGCUACUAAGCUGUUUGUUAUACAUAAUUCGUGUGCUUCUGGAUGAUCCUACGCAAGGACUUGGAUGGUCUCCCAUUAUUUGGGUGAAUCGAAGCUUGCCUUUAUGGGGAUUACAGGUUUCUGUGGCUUUAAUAAGUCUCUUUGAAACUCUGCUGCUGAGUUAUCUAAGCUACAAGGGAAAUAUCUGGGAACAAAUUCUGAGAAUACCCUUUCUCCUGGAAAUAAUUAAUGCUGUCCCUUUCAUCAUCACGAUUUUCUGGCCAGUCCUAAGAAACCUGUUUAUUCCUGUAUUUUUAAAUUGUUGGCUGGCAAAGCAUGCUUUAGAGAAUAUGAUUAAUGAUCUUCACAGAGCCAUCCAACGCACGCAGUCUGCAAUGUUUAACCAAGUCCUCAUUUUAAUAUCUACCUUACUAUGUCUUAUCUUCACUUGUAUUUGUGGAAUUCAGCAUCUGGAACGAGCAGGAAACAGGUUGACUCUCUUUGACUCCCUUUAUUUCUGCAUAGUGACAUUUUCCACUGUGGGCUUUGGGGAUGUUACACCCAAGAUAUGGCCUUCAAAGCUGCUUGUUGUCAUUAUGAUCUGUGUUGCUCUUGUGGUGUUGCCCAUACAGUUUGAACAGCUGGCAUAUUUGUGGAUGGAGAGACAAAAGUCUGGUGGUAACUACAGUCGACACAGAGCUCAGACGGAAAAACAUGUUGUGCUGUGUGUUAGCUCUCUGAAGAUUGACUUACUUAUGGAUUUCUUAAAUGAAUUCUAUGCUCACCCCAGAUUGCAGGACUAUUAUGUCGUUAUUUUGUGUCCUGCUGAGGUGGAUGCUCAGGUCCGAAGGGUGUUACAAAUCCCAAUGUGGUCCCAAAGAGUUAUCUAUCUGCAAGGCUCAGCACUAAAAGAUCAAGACCUGUUGAGAGCUAAAAUGGAUGAUGCUGAAGCUUGUUUCAUUCUGAGUAGCCGCUGUGAGGUGGACCGGACAGCAGCUGAUCAUCAAACCAUUUUAAGAGCAUGGGCAGUUAAAGACUUUGCUCCAAAUUGUCCUUUGUACGUCCAGAUAUUGAAACCUGAGAACAAAUUCCACAUCAAGUUUGCAGAUCAUGUUGUGUGUGAAGAAGAAUUCAAAUAUGCUAUGCUAGCUCUAAAUUGUAUAUGCCCAGCUACCUCUACAUUAAUCACACUGCUGGUUCAUACAUCUAGGGGACAGGAGAGUCAGCAAUCACCGGAACAAUGGCAGAAAAUGUAUGGCAGAUGCUCUGGUAAUGAAGUGUAUCAUAUUAACCUGGAAGAAAGUACUUUUUUUGCUGAGUAUGAGGGGAAAAGCUUCACAUAUGCUUCUUUCCAUGCACAUAAAAAGUUUGGAGUCUGUCUGAUUGGUGUUAGAAAGGAAGAUAACAAAAACAUUUUGCUGAAUCCAGGUCCUCGAUAUAUCAUGAGUUCUACAGAUAUAUGCUUUUAUAUAAAUAUCACCAAAGAAGAGAAUUCUGCUUUUAAGAAGCAAGAAAAGCAUAGAAAAAACCAUGAAUCAAAAUUAUCUUACCAUGGAGCUUCUAGGUUACCCGUACACAGUAUAAUAGCCAGCAUGGGGACAGUGGCUAUCGAUUUACAAGAUACAGGAUGCCGAACAUCCAGCGGACCUACGCUAGCUCUUCCUUCCGAGGGAGGUAAAGAGGGCAGACGGCCCAGUAUAGCACCUGUUUUGGAGGUUGCAGACUCGUCCUCACUUCAGACAUGUGACCUGCUAAGUGACCAGUCAGAAGAUGAAACUACCCCGUCAGAUGAUGAAGCCUCUGCAGGCUUAGAGUAUGCCAAAGGCUAUCCUCCUUACUCUCCGUAUAUUGGAAGCUCUCCCACAUUUUGUCAUCUUCUGCAUGAAAAAGUACCCUUUUGUUGUCUAAGACUAGAUAAGGGAUGCCAACAUAACUACUAUGAAGAUGCCAAAGCCUAUGGAUUCAAAAAUAAAUUGAUUAUAGUUGCAGCAGAAACUGCUGGAAAUGGCUUGUAUAACUUUAUUGUUCCACUCAGAGCUUAUUACCGACCAAAGAAAGAACUAAAUCCCAUUGUAUUACUCCUCGAUAACCCGCCAGAUAUGCAUUUUCUGGAUGCAAUCUGUUGGUUUCCAAUGGUUUACUACAUGGUGGGCUCUAUCGACAACCUAGAUGACUUAUUAAGAUGUGGGGUCACCUUUGCAGCUAAUAUGGUGGUGGUGGACAAAGAAAGUACAAUGAGUGCCGAGGAAGACUACAUGGCAGAUGCUAAGACUAUCGUAAAUGUUCAAACACUCUUUAGGUUGUUCUCAAGCCUAAGCAUUAUCACAGAACUAACUCACCCAGCCAAUAUGAGAUUCAUGCAGUUCAGAGCCAAAGACUGCUAUUCUCUUGCUCUGUCCAAAUUAGAAAAGAAAGAGCGGGAGAAGGGAUCUAAUCUGGCAUUUAUGUUUCGACUGCCCUUCGCUGCUGGCAGGGUUUUCAGCAUCAGUAUGUUGGAUACGCUGCUUUAUCAGUCAUUUGUGAAAGAUUAUAUGAUUUCUAUCACAAGACUUCUGCUGGGACUUGAUACCACACCAGGAUCUGGCUUUCUUUGUUCUAUGAAAAUCACAGAAGAGGAUCUAUGGAUUAGGACAUAUGCCAGACUAUAUCAGAAACUUUGUUCUUCUACAGGAGACAUUCCAAUUGGAGUCUAUAGGACAGAAUCCCAAAAGCUUACAACAUCUGAGUCUCAAAUCUCUAUCAGUGUGGAAGAAUGGGAAGACACUAAAGACACCAAAGAACAGAUUAGUUAUCGUAGUAAUCAUCGUAACUCAACAUCUAGUGAUCAGUCUGAUCAUCCCUUGUUACGACGAAAAAGCAUGCAGUGGGCCCGACGGCUGAGCAGAAGAGUACCAAGACACUCUGGUAAAACAGCUGAGAAGAUAAACCAGCAGCGGAUGAACCUUUACAGGAGGUCAGAAAGACAGGAGCUUGCUGAACUUGUAAAAAACAGAAUGAAGCAUUUGGGCCUUUCUCCAGCAGGAUAUGAUGAAAUGAAUGAUCAUCAGAACACCCUUUCUUACAUCCUGAUCAAUCCUUCUCCAGAUACAAGAUUAGAGCUGAAUGAUAUAGUGUACUUGAUCCGACCUGAUCCAUUGGCUUAUGUUCCAAAUACUGCACCCAGCCGAAAAGACAGCUUCUGCAAUACAGUGGGACAAGACACCAGGGAGGAAACACAACUUUGA